GACUGCUCGUGCUCAUUGCAGGACGUACUGCGCGACGUACUGUCACGGUUAUCACUCAAAGAAGUCGUGCGGAUGAGCAUACUUUCUCACGAAUGGAGACGGCUAAGGAUAUGCCACCCAGAACUGGUCUUCACCAAAGAUACCUUUAGUAACAUUACAACCGGUAAUACUGAACAACGCGAGGAGAUGACAUUUGCAGAGCUGAUGGACUUCAACGCCAAGAAGCUGGAGUGGCUAACCAGACGAUUCAUAAAAAGUGUUGAUAAUGUAUUGCGCCCAUUGUGGUAUACCCCUACUACUACUACCACCACCACCACCACCACCACAACAACGCUGGAUAAGUUCGCUGUCAAAUUUGGUCUUUGGAAAAAAUACAGGUAUCACAUUGAUAGAUGGGUUAGCUUUUCCAUUUGCUCUAGAGCCAAGCACAUUGUUCUUGAUUUCACAUCCGAAGAUAUUGGCUUUGGCUCUCAAUACGACAAGUACAAGUAUUCUUUGCCGCUGAGCAAUCUCAGUGGCACAAACGGCUCUUGCGUGAGAUCUCUUUAUCUCGGCAACAUAUAUUUAGAGACACCCCCAAGUUUUUGUGGUAUCACAAACCUUAAGGAACUCACACUAAAUACUGUGUCCAUCAGUGGAGAUGAUCUCGAGUGCCUGUUGCUAAGUUGUUCUCUUCUCGAGAUUUUAAGUAUAGAGUGGUGCAAACCAUUGUCAAUUUUACAUAUACAGCAGGAGCUGCGCCAGUUGCACUACCUGCGUGUGCGCUUUUGUGACCUGGAACUUAUAGAGUUGCAUGCUUCAAAUCUUAACAAAUUUGAGUUUGACGACUCUUUGAAGCAAAUUAAGCUCAGUGAAUGUCUGAAGUUGUCAGAGGCCACCUUUGUGUCGAAUAUGAGAGCGUUCGAGUUUGAUGAGUAUGGUUUCGACUUCACCUUUGCCGAGCUUCCAACUGGUCUUCCUCAUGUGCAUAAGCUAUUACUUCUUUUGAAUCCUGACCAGGUGCUAAGGUUCAGUGACAGCCAGUCUCGCUUCAUAAAUUUGAGGCAUCUGAACAUCAACCUUGAGACAUUUUUCUAUCCAGAUGAUACUAGUUGGUCUGUGGGGUUGGUUAAUAUCUUGGAAUUAGCACCUCUCUUACAAGAACUGGAACUGCAUCUCGGUCGUGAUAGGUAUUGCUCUUCUGCUAUCAGGACCGUGAUGGCCAUUGAAGGACAUGUGCAUCGUCACCUCAAGAGUGUCUACAUGUCUGGGUUUUGUGAGGUGUUGGGGCUAGCUGAGUUGGCGCUGUACAUCCUGGAGAAUGCUACCAUGCUUAAACGUAUGGUUGUGGAUCCAGUGUCAUACAGAGAUCCCUCGAAUGAUGAUAUCUAUUCUGUCAGCAAGGGUGGUAUCAGCGAGGAGGAUCUGUACGACAUCAAUCAGAAGAGAGCGUUUGCAGAAAUGUACCUCGGCAGAGAGGAGUUUCGCCAUAUCCUCACUAUUUUAUGAGUAACAACAGUACUAAGAUUUGAGAUAUUUUCUUUCCAUUCGAAAGAUUUCUGAAGCUCUGCAAGAAUCACUCAGAAGCGAAGCAUGCCUCUCAAGCUGAAUGAUUGGAGACAGUAGUAUGAGCCCCGAUAAUUAAGUGUUGUCUGUAUUUUGAUUACAAUCUGGGUUAACUAUGCCUUCGUUAUAUAUUUUUUAUUUGGUAUUAUGAACGUAAGCAUUUGGCAGCAAUUGAUCUGUGUAUGAUCCAGUCAAAGAUUCAGAGCUUUCCGUCCUAUGACUUCUUGUUAA